CCGAGGGCUUCACCGGCACGACGAACGUCGACACGGAGUCGCAGGAUGACAGCGACCGGAGUACGACGGGCACGCCCGAUUUGAAGCACGAGAUUGAGUUCAACGAUGAUUCGCCGUACCCCGAGGUGCGAGCCGCGGUGGCUAGCACCGACGACCCUCUCAUGCCUGUGAAUACCUUCCGGAUGUGGUUCCUGGGGAUUAUCGUAUCUAUCCUCGUCCCAGGAUGCAACCAGUUCUUCAGUCUGCGCUACCCCUCCGUCUUCUUCACCUCCCUCGUCGUCCAGCUCGUCGCCCUCCCCUGCGGCAAGUUCCUCGAAUGGCUCCUCCCCGCCAAGCGCCUGCGCAUCGGGCGCUUCUCCAUGUCGCUCAACCCGGGGCCGUUCAACAUCAAGGAGCACACCGUCAUCACCGUCAUGGCGAACGUGACGCAGAUGGGCGCGUACGCGACGGACACCAUCCUCACGCAGCGCGUCUUCUACAACCAGAACUGGGGGCUCGGCUACCAGUUCCUGCUGUGCAUCUCCUCGCAGGUCAUUGGCUACUCCUUCGCCGGGCUCAUCCGCCAGUUCGUCGUGUGGCCGAGCAGCAUGAUCUGGCCCGGCGCGCUCGUCAACGCCGCGCUGUUCAACACGCUGCACCGGAACUACGGGAAGAAGGAGCGGCGGCACUGGAGCAGGGAGAAGUUCUUCCUCGUCGCGAUGUGCUGCAGCUUUGUGUGGUACUGGGUGCCCGGGUACCUCUGGACGGGCUUGAGCAUGUUCAACUGGGUGUGCUGGAUCGCGCCCAACAAUGUCGUGGUCAACCAGCUGUUUGGGACCCUGUCCGGGCUCGGCAUGGGCUUGUUCACGUUCGACUGGAGCAUGAUCGCGUACAUCGGGAGUCCGUUGGUUUCCCCCUGGUGGGCAGAAGCGAAUACUCUCGUCGCCUUCAUCUUUUUCUUCUGGAUCCUCACGCCGAUCAUUUACUACAAGAAUGUCUUCUUCACAGCCUUCCUGCCCAUGUCGUCCAGCGGCGCGUUUGAUCGCUUCGGCAUGCAGUACAACGUCUCCGCCAUCGUGACGGACGGCAUCUUCGACGUCGACAAAUUCGAGGCGUACUCGCCCAUGUUCCUGUCCGCGACGUUCAUCGUCUCGUACGGACCGGCGUUCGCGAUCUUCACGUCCAUCUUCGUGCACACUUUCCUGUGGUACCGCCGGGACAUCAUGCGUCAAUUCCGCCGCACGAUCCGUGACGAGCGCGACGUCCACUCGCGGCUCAUGCAGGUGUACAAGGAGGUGCCUGCAUAUUGGUACGGCCUGCUGGGUCUCGUCUGCUUCAUCCUCGGCGUCAUCGCCAUCGAGACCAACCCGACUGGCUUCCCCACCUGGGCGUACAUCAUCGCGCUCCUCAUCGCCGCCGUCUUCACGCUCCCCGCCGCGAUGAUCCAGGCGAUCACGAACCAGCAGAUCCCGAUCAACACGCUCGUCGAGAUCGUCGUCGGCUACAUGCUGCCCGGGCGGCCCGUCGCGAUGAUGCUCUUCAAGACGUACGGCUACAUCUCCGUCUCGCAGGCGACGACCUUCUCCGGCGACCUCAAGCUCGGCCACUACAUGAAGGUGCCGCCGCGCAUCAUGUUCGCCGCGCAGACGAUCGCGAGCGUCGUCAGCUGCUUCGUCGUCGUGCUCGUCCAGGCGUGGAUGUUCGAGAACAUCCCCGACAUCUGCACGGACCAGCAGGAGCACGGCUUCAUCUGCCCGAGCUCGAACACGUUCGCGACCGCCUCGCUCAUCUGGGGCGGCGUCGGCCCCGCGCGCUUCUUCGGCCCCGGCGCGCUGUACUACCCGCUCGUGUUCUUCUUCCUCAUCGGCGCCGUCGCGCCCGUGCCGUUCUACUACCUCGCGCGGCGCUACCCGCACUCGCUCUGGCGGUACGUGAACAUGCCCGUGUUCUUCGCGGGCGUCACCGCGCUCCCGCCCGCGAGCGGGAUCAACUACUCCGCGUGGGCGUUCACGGGCUUCGUCUUCCAGUACGUCGUGCGGCGCUACCGCUUCCGCUGGUGGAUGCGCUACAACUACAUCCUCUCCGCCGCGUUGGACUCGGGUGUCGCGAUCGGCUCGAUCGUCAUCUUCUUCACGCUGUUCAUGCCCAAGGGCGGCAUCAACCUCGAGUGGUGGGGGAACACGGUGUGGAUGAACACCGCGGAUGCGAUGGGUCUCCCGCUCAAGAUGCCAGAUCCCAUCAACGGGUUCACGUCCGCAGUACGACCAUCUUGAGCUCGAUUACUUGAGGGCGUGUGGUCAGGCAUGUCCUGCUCUAGAUGAUUCAAACGAUCUUAUAUUUCUUAUGUUCAAUUAUUGCUAAACGCAUAUCUCACGACUCCUGUACAGCAUCAUGGCCUCUUUACCAGCAUUGUAUCAUUCACAGCUUUCUCUCUCCUGGUUACUUUCUCAUUCUUACUUUGGAUGCGGUUGAUGCCGCUUUUGCUUAUGAUUGGGCUUUGAUCAAGCUCCUUUUCGACACAGUGACGAUUACCUGUAUCAUCACCCUUUGGCUGUAUUACUUACAAAAUGACAUGCACGAGCGAGA